AUGCGUCUGAUGGACUGACUGCCCGACGCAUGUGUGUGUAUGCCUAGUCCGUAGUCCAUGGUAAAGCGGGAUCAUGCACACCUCUUAAUGCACCGGAUGCAUCACUGUGUCAGUUCCACACACAACGUACAGACACGCAUACACGCAUACGCAUACUCGUGUGCACGCCCGCACACGAUGUCUGGAAGACAAAACACACGGCGGCGAGAGAAGACACCUCCCAGGCCUGUCAAAAAAGCCUCUCUGCCAACCGAACCGACGACACUCACCACACACACACAAGGGGAAGAAAGGGCAAAAUCAGCAAAAGACAGACACACUCACACACACGCACGGGAAAAGCUGAUGGGAUGGGAUGUGUGUGGGGGCCCAGGCAGGCCAUGGAAAAGUGUGUGUGGGAGUGGAGGAGCGGGGAGUUCUCUUGUGUACAUACACAUGCAUACAUAUGUAUACAUACAUUGAUUCAUACGUACACAGCCGUACGCACGUACGUACAUAUAUGGUAUGGCGACCUACAUACAUGCAUACAUACAUACUAGAAAAGCGGGAGGGAGGGAGGUGUGUCAGACAUGUCUGUGUGCGGUGCUUGGAUGGGAUGGGUGGGUCUGGCCCCCCUCACUCCACUCCCUUUCCUUUGCAACCAGACCAGACCAGACCAGAGCAGUCGAUCGAUUACACACACAUACAUACAUGAACAUAUAUGGACAGGCACAGGCAGGCAGACCGGGGACCGUGCGAUGACAUAGACACACACACACACAGCCAGACAGACAGACAGACAGGCACGCAGCCAGGCAGGCAGGCAGGCAGGAAGACAUUCUCUCUCUCAUCCCACGUGUGGAUUGUACGCACAUUCACAUACACACACACGUAUAGAUAGACGCUACGCUACACAUACGGGCUGGUUGAAAGCAGCCGGGGUCACACGAGAGGAAAAUCGAGCAGCGAACGGUCUCUCUCUAUGGGCCUUGCGUUCAUCCCUCCUCGCUCGCUGCAUCCACCACUAACCAGUCAGUCACCCUGGCUCCCACAGCAUCCAUCGCUCGACGAUAAAGAUCUCUGUCCCGCCUCUCCCGGCCAGCCAAAACUGUCUGUCCACGGCCCCGUCCCACACUCUCUCUUUCUCCUGCUUGCUCGCGUUGCGACGCGCAUCUGUCUCUCCUCUCCCACUCUCUUGCCCAUCAGAUCAGGCACCGACUAAUGACGCGGGACUCCGCAAGUCAUCCGUCUCGUGAUCAUAUCGGUGGCUGUGCUUCCUGCUCUUUGUCUCGUGCAGCCCCGCCAGCCACUCGGCUAUCACACGGGCCUGCACACAACGAACGGGCCGACACACAGGCAGCCAGAGAAAGAAUUCCACGUCAAGUAAGAAUGGAUAGGUGAGUGUUGGUCGUCCGAGCGCACCGCAAAGUUCUUUUCGGGCACCGGCCACCAGGACUCACAGAACAGAUUGUGGCCACCGGUCUGCACGCAGGCCACAGAACGAGCAGGGUCGAGUGUGGAUCUGCUCCCAGCUGUCUGUGUGCCUGCCUGUGUCUCCCAUUGACAUCACACGUACACACCGGCGUGACGGCGAAAACAACGGUCGGGUGGUCUUUCAGGCGCCUGGCCAUCUCCCACACAAGCGAUGCGGGCACCACCGGGUCGUCCAAAGACAUCAGGCACAGAAACGGUACCUGCAUGACAUGACCACCCCAUACGACACAUGGACCUCCAUGAGCACCCGCCCAUCGAUCCCGCUGCUGCCCUAUUUGUGUGUGUGUGUGUGUGCGUUGGUGUCACCUGUAUGUGCUCCAAGUGGGCCUCACACGACGCAUCUCGGUAGUAGUCCUCCACCCUCUCAUAGCCAAACCGGUGACACGACAGCAAAGUGUCGCACUCCCACACCGUCCGCGCGCGCAUCCCCCUCUCCACCAGAUCCUCACUCACACUCGGCAGCCUCUUUUCAUCCUCACCCCAGCUGCUCAGCAGAGGCAGAGAGAGAUCCGGCAGAGGCGACAGGCCGGCCGUGAGAGGUGAGGGGGGCGGCGGGGGCGAGGCUGACGAGCUGGCGGUGGAUGUGCUGCUAGAGAGGCUGGCGGUGCUUGUUGUGAGCGCUAUGAGCAGGGGAGAGGGGAUGAGGGCCAGCGAAACGGAUGACUCACGCUGCCUUCGGUAGAGCGGCCGGGGCUGGGAGAAGUAGCACUUCUUAUACGCCCAGGUAAGUCCUCUGCACACAUGGACGGAGGCACACGAUAUGUUCAUGCGUGCCGUGCUCAUCCAUCCAUUUCUCCCUCCAUCCCACUUUGACCUGCUUGCCAGCUUCGACAGAGAUGCCCUCGGUGCGCCGUCGAUGUGCCGCACACACCUUCCCACAUCGAUGGGGUUGCUCACCGACACCCCGCCCUUCACCCGCCGCCACACAGCACUCUCACCCUGGCCAGCCCGCUUGCCCAUCUCACCCAGCCACCUGGCCACGUUCGAACCGCCCAUCGAGAAGCCGAUAAAAUAGAUGGGCGACUCGUUGUCAGGUGUGCGGCUGACGAUGGCCUGCAUGGCGGCUUCUAUGUCGCCAGUGGACGCCCAGCAGCGAUGGUGCGAGUCGAUGGGGUGGUCCACGCCCCGUGGGCUCAUGACGUGGGAGCGGAAGCCCAGGCGAGACAGCAGGGUCACUGCAGAGUAGAUCUGCCCGUCCCGCGACGAGCCGCACGCACCUGAAACAGACAGACAAAGGAAUAAGAGCGUUUGUAAUGACUGAUGAAUGCUGGCUGCGUGACGCCUCUUUCUUUCUCACCAGUGAGUAUCAGCACAUCUCCUUUGCAAUCGACCCCCUCUGCCGGCUCCCGCCUGUGCAGGUGCACCGUCCCUCCCUCUCGGCUGUCCUCAACCGCAUCCACACCGUCAUAAAUGGCGUCCCUGUGCGGCGUGGCGUGCCCCUGAAGGUACAUCAAGACGGCCUGCACCCAGGCUCCUCCCAAUACGCGAGAUGAGGGCCGAAAGCCGGCAGCGGAGAGCAGUCUCCUGUAUGAUGACGCGCCAAAGAGUCUGAUGCCUGGGCGUGUGGCGGGCUUUGUGGACGAGGCCGCCUGGGCGAUGGUGGACGAGAGGAGAGCGAGCGGCAGAAUAAGGAGGGACAGCAGGCACGGCAUCGAGCUCAGCAUAUCCCAAGGGAUGUCGAGCAUGAUAGCCCAGUCUUCCCUUCCCCCCGUCCCGAGCGGUUUCCCC